UAUAGUCAUAGUGCACAUAAAAAACCCUAGCCGCUCCUCCUCUCAUAUUAACGUUGUUGUUUCUGCCCCAAACAUACUCGCAUUGUUUCUUCUGUGCCGCUGUUACUCUCUCUUCAGAUUCCAUUCCCAAUGGCUUCGGAGAAGAAACUAUCCAACCCCAUGCGGGAAAUCAAGGUCCAGAAGCUCGUCCUCAACAUCUCCGUCGGUGAAAGUGGCGAUCGUCUCACCAGAGCCGCAAAGGUGUUGGAGCAGCUUAGUGGCCAAACCCCAGUGUUUUCCAAAGCAAGGUAUACUGUCCGUUCUUUUGGUAUCAGAAGAAAUGAAAAGAUUGCAUGCUACGUUACAGUUAGAGGGGACAAGGCAAUGCAGCUUUUGGAGAGUGGAUUGAAGGUGAAGGAAUAUGAACUUCUGAGAAGAAACUUUAGUGAUACCGGGUGUUUUGGCUUUGGUAUUCAGGAGCACAUUGACUUGGGAAUCAAGUAUGAUCCUUCAACUGGAAUUUAUGGAAUGGAUUUCUUUGUUGUUUUGGAGCGCCCUGGUUAUCGUGUCGGACGUCGUCGCCGUUGCAAGUCUCGUGUAGGGAUCCAGCAUCGUGUCACCAAGGAGGAUGCUAUGAAAUGGUUCCAGGUGAAAUACGAAGGUGUGAUCCUCAACAAGUCACAGGCAAUUGUUGGUUAAAUUGAGCUAGUUGUUUGAGGAGUUUGAAAGUUUUGUUAUUUUAAAUUUGAUGCUUCUUGGUUUAGUAGCUUAAAUUUCUAGAAUAUGAAUGCGACUGGUCAUAUGAGCUAUUUAAAGUAUUUGAUUUUGACAUAUAAAUUGAAUAUCAUGCCUUUGACCCUUAAUGGAAUGUUAUAUUUUGCAUUUCUUCUA